GAAAUUCACAUUUGUGUUGUUUAUCGAUGAGUAUACUUCGGAAGCUAUCGCCUCGUCUUUAACUUUGAAAGUUUUUGAUCAAUACGGAUACGAACUUUCAGAAGAUACUGAAAUGAAGAAAGAGAAGGGUGGUAGUUCUUAUGAAAGACGCGAUAAAUUCUUCACCUUCGAUUUGUAUGAAAGAACUGUCAGUGUCCUAUGCAAAUUGGAUUCUAAGAAUUGCCAUAACAGAAUAGAAGACUUUUUCGUCUAUAUAGAGGUAUCAGCAACGAAGGCCUCAAAGCCUGUUUUCUUUGCCAGUUGUGUUGUAUUCGAGAAUGACUAUCGUCACGAACCAGUGCUUUUUCAUGUAGAAGUGCCUUUUUUGACUAGUACUGAAUCGCUUCCAUUGGUUAUUGGCAUCUUUCGAGCUAUCAUGGAUAGCACUGUCGGACAUCAUGGUAGUUGGAUUUAUAAGAAUGAAAGAUGUUUGUUUCAUGCAUAUGAAAGUAUCAUUGAUGAGCGCAUGAAAAGUGACAAGGAAGAGUUGACUACUCCAAAUAAGGAUCAUUUUGUUUCUCAAAAGGACCUUUUGGAUUCAUACAAAGAUGUACGUGAAAAAUUGGCACAAGUGAGGAAACGAAUUAUUGGCAAAAGCAAAAGAACUGUCUUCUAUACCAUCUUUAAAGAAGAUUUGAUUGAUUUUUUUGUACGUCCUAGAGAUGAAGUUGCACAAGAGUUGGGUAUAUGUGUAACGCUUCUUAAAAAGAUUUGUCGCAAGAAUGGAAUCAAACAAUGGCCGUAUCGCAAACUGAAGAAUGUGGAUGCCAAGUUGAGCUCUUUACGUCGUCUCUUAUCUACACCAGAUUUGAUUCCCAAAAAUAGAAAAAAAUUUCUUGAAGAUUACGAUUUGUUAUUGACUGAAAGAGAAAGGAUUCUACAUGGCCAUGAAUAAAGAAAAGUGACUGAUUCCAUCAACUCU